AUGUUCCUUCAACGCACAGCCUUCGCCCUUGCGCGGCGCACUCCCGUCCGGGCCAUCGCUGCCCGCCCCUUCUCCUCCUCCGUCAUCCGCUCUAACAAGGCAAAAUAUGGCGUUGAGAAGGAGGGCAAGAUCCUUUCUUUCGAAGAGAUCAAGACCGAGGAGGAUCUCGUUCCCCCCGGUGCCAAGCCCGGUUCCGUUCCUUCGGACAUCGAGCAGGCCACUGGUCUCGAGCGUCUUGAACUCGUCGGAAAGAUGCAGGGUAUUGACAUCUUUGACAUGAGGCCUCUUGAUGCCUCCCGGAAGGGAACUCUUGAGAACCCCAUCAUCGUCAACGGUGCCGGUGACGAGCAGUACGCUGGUUGCACUGGCUACCCCGCCGACUCCCACGUCGUCAACUGGCUGACUGUGUCUCGUGAGCGCCCUAUCGAGCGCUGCGGCGAGUGCGGCAACGUCGUCAAGCUGAACUACAUCGGACCCGAGGAGGAUCCCCAUGCUCACGACCACGGCCACGGUCACGGCCACCCUGCUCCCGAGGAGCCCAAGACUUUCGCCGACUACGUCAAGCCUGAGUACUGGUACCGGUAA